CGAUCCAGGGCGCACCGCCAUGCAUGGCGGCAUCCGGCAUGCGCGCUGCGCCUACUUCUUCUCCCCACCAGAACCCCGCGCUGCUGUCACGCCGGUCCGCCGCUGGACUCUAGUAGUGAGGCACGCAAGUGGCGAUGGCGGUGUGUCGGUGCCUCGUGGUGCUCGUGGCGGCGCUAGCCGCGGCGGCGGCGGGGGCCGGCACGGAGGAGGGGGACUGGGACCCCGUGAUUCGGAUGCCUGGGGAGGAGGAGCCGGCCGCGGCGCGCGGAGGUGAGCCGCUCGAUGAGGAGGAGGAUGACGGCGUCGGGACGAGGUGGGCGGUGCUCGUCGCCGGCUCCUCGGGCUACGGCAACUACAGGCACCAGGCUGAUAUAUGCCAUGCAUACCAGAUAUUGCUGAAGGGAGGGCUAAAAGAGGAGAACAUUGUGGUGUUUAUGUAUGAUGACGUUGCCAAUAGUGUACUCAACCCAAGGCAGGGCGUUAUCAUCAACCAUCCGGAGGGUGAAGAUGUUUAUGCUGGUGUGCCGAAGGACUACACUGGGGAGCAAGUCACUGCUAAAAACUUCUAUGCAGUUCUAUUGGGCAACAAAGAUGCAGUCACCGGAGGAAGCAGGAAGGUUAUCAAUAGCAAACCGAAUGACCAUAUUUUUAUCUAUUACUCAGAUCACGGAGGCCCUGGUGUCCUUGGUAUGCCAAAUCUACCGUAUAUUUACGCUGGUGACUUCAUGAAGGUGUUAAGAGAGAAACAUGCUUCCAACAGCUAUGCAAAAAUGGUUAUAUAUGUUGAAGCAUGCGAAAGUGGCAGUAUAUUUGAGGGCUUAAUGCCGGAGGACCUGAAUAUUUAUGUCACGACUGCAUCCAAUGCAGAAGAAAGUAGCUGGGGUACAUACUGUCCAGGAAUGAUUCCAUCGCCUCCUUCUGAGUACAUUACCUGCCUAGGUGAUCUUUACAGCGUCUCUUGGAUGGAAGACAGUGAGACUCACAAUCUGAAGGAGGAAACCAUAAAGGAACAGUACGAAGCGGUGAAGGAGCGUACUUCGGAUUCAAACAGCUAUGGUGCAGGCUCUCAUGUCAUGGAGUAUGGGGAUAAGACCUUCAAGGGCGAGAAGCUCUACCUUUACCAAGGUUUCAAUCCUGAAAAUGCCGACAUCACAUAUAAGCUACUUUGGCAAGGCCAAAAGUCUGUGGUCAACCAGAGAGAUGCGGAUAUUUUAUUCCUAUGGAAGAGGUAUGAGCUGUUAAAUGAAAAAUCUAAAGAGAAGCUGGAAGUUCUGAGGGAGAUCACUGGGACAGUAACGCAUAGGAAGCAUCUCGACAGCAGCGUUGAUUUUAUCGGAAAGCUUCUCUUUGGGGUUGAGAAUGGACCUUCAACGCUUGGAGCCGUUAGAUCUCCUGGCCAGCCACUCGUUGAUGAUUGGGAUUGUUUGAAGCGAAUGGUACGAAUCUUUGAAUCCCAUUGUGGGUCGCUCACUCAGUACGGUAUGAAGCACAUGCGCGCAUUCGCAAACAUAUGUAACCGUGGCACUCCUGCCACCGCGAUGAAGGAAGCUAGCAUCAGUGCUUGCGGCAGCUACAACUCGGCGAGAUGGAGCCCGUUGGUCCAGGGCUAUAGCGCUUGAUCUUCCCCAGGUAAUGGGGAGCAAUGCGUAACGGAUUAUUACUGCUUAACUUGCUUAGUGAUCUGCUCGAGCCCAGCUUAUCUGGAUGUGUAAUAUAUGGCUGUGUAUCAGUGUAUGUAGGACUAGUCGAUCUGUAAAGCACUGCAAAACCUACCUUAUUGUGCAUCUGUACCAUACAGUUAUCGUGUGUGUAAUGUUCGUCGUGCGUCUGUAUAUUUCGUCAGUGAAGAAGUCGGAAUAAAAGUAGACGGACGAAUGCCGUUGCAA